UUUCGCUUCAGUUCUAGAUUCAAGCUUACAUAUUUUCUAGUAGAAAUGAUCCACACAAAUGCGUAACAUUCGAUCGUCGGUGAAGAUGAGGUCGACUUUUGCUUUCAUUGGAUUAAUAUUCUUGAGCAUAUCUAAAAUAGUUCAUGGAUUACCGUGUGAUUUCGCCGAUUCAAUUAAAAUCAAUGAUGGAGAAUUACAAUCGAAUAAAAGCAUUAUAUUCAACGGUAUCGAAUACCCGCCGAAUCAAUAUUUUAACCACACCGUCAAUAAUACAGAUGGAAGUAAAGGUGUCGAAUUGCGUGGAUGUAUUUGUAACAUCAGAAAAUGUAUUCGACUCUGCUGUCCACACGGAUCAUUUACAAUAAGCAUGAUAAUGAAAGAGGUGAAAUGUCAACAAAACGAAAAAGCACGGAAUUUCCAGGCCGAAGUGAGCGAUGAAAAUGGUCAAACAAAAAUUCAAAAUUUAGAUCAGCAUUUCGGAUACGUCGAUCGUAUUUGCAAUUGGCAUUAUACUCCGGAACCAGAAGGCUUUGUUAUUACACAUACAGGGGACAUUUUGGCAGAUAAUACAACAUUAAACCAUCGCGAAUACUGCAUCAAAGUCUCAUCUAACGAAACGAAGGGAAUCUAUUUAGAAGCAAAAAUAUGUUUACCAGACGAUGAGAUAAAAGAUCCUCCACCUGUGCCCGCUAGUUUUUCCUAUUUGCCUUACGUGCUAUUCGCAUCGAUUCCAUGCAUUAUCGUCACAUUUCUGGUCUACAUUUGUAUAUCCGAGCUGCGUAAUUUGCAUGGCAAAUGCUUCGUUUGCUACUUGGUUUGUUUGAUGGUCAUGUACAUUCUAUUAGCUUUGGAGCAACUCAAUGGCACGGACUAUGUUGAUAAGACGAUUUGUAAAGUACAAGCCACUCUCUUGUAUUUCGCAACCUUCUCGGCUUUUUUGUGGUUGAAUGUGAUCAGUUUCGAUUUGUGGUCGAGCUUCCGAUCCACCAUUAGGAUCAAAUCAAAUUCAGAAAUAAAGCAGUUCAUAUUGUACAGCCUGUAUGCUUUUGGUGUAUCGUUACUUGUGAAUAUUGUCGCCCAUGUAAUGGAUGCAAUCAAAGGGCUACCGAAUUACCUACAGCCAGGCAUUGGAACCGAUUCGCUUUUUCUCAAAGAAAAUGUUACAUCACGAAUCAUUUUCUACUACGGUCCACUUUGCAUCAUUGUCACAGUGAAUAUUAUGCUUACAAUUCUGACCGCAUUGAAAAUUUUCCAAGUUCAAUGGGAUGUGAAAAAAAUGACAUUGCAAGUCAAACGUAACGAGCUUCGAAAAGGGCUAAAACAAGAAAAGGAUAGUUAUAUGUUGUACGUGCGAUUGUUUAUCGUAACUGGGGUUACCUGGAUCGCAGAAGCAAUCUUUUUUCUCGCCAAUAAUAAUCUCGUUUUCUCCGCGAUGGAUAUUAUCAAUUGUGCACAAGGAAUUCUCAUUUUUGUGCUAUUCGUGUUGAAACCUCGAGUUCUUUGUUUAAUUAAGAAGAGGUUUGUGAGCGUCACCUGCAGAAAUGAGUUCAGAUUAAGUCCUUACUCUCUCUUUCUUUAUCAUUUCAGUUGGAAAACUUAUUUCGGCAGACAUUCUACUGAUCAAAGUGUAGGAACAAACACCAUUUUAUCUACAGAAACGAAACUUUAAACAGAUACAAUAACCAAAGGAGAAAGUUUUCUCUCACAAAGGCAAUAUACACGUACUUUAACCUAUUUCAAAAUAAACAAGUGUCGUCUUUCUUCGUUUUUCUUGGAUUGGACCGUCUAUAUUGACUUUGUGAGGUCAAACUUGUAUCUUUUUUGAUCUUUUCUGUUAGCAUAACCAAAGAUUAAAAGUUAUACAAAAAUAACUCAUAUCUAUUUGAAUAAAAUAAACUAAAUUUG